GAAGCACCCGAGACCUGACUAGCUCGCUCAUCAAACAUCUCACACCAUGCCCAUCGCAAUGCCUUCCAUGCCGGCUCCGGCACUAGCCCUGGCACUGCUCGGUGCUUUCGGCCUCGCCAUCGCCCCGGCUGUUCAGUCGGCCCCCACCAUCGAGGCCAUCCAAGCUACAUGCGCCAAGACAAUACAGCCAGACUCUUGCAAACACGUCCUGCUCGCCAACAUGGCCGCCGGCUCACCGGAGGUGAACAGUGUCCCCCUAAUGUCCCUGCAAGUCGCGGCAAAGCUCGCCAAGAUGGCCAACGGCUUCGCCAAUGCCAGGCUCACCACGGACCCGCACCCCGCCAAAUGCCUCGCAAACUGCAUCGAAGACCUUCAUAGGGUGGCCAAGGCAUUUGAGGGGAUCCCAGUGGAGGCGGUUAAGCCUGGCGACGAGGCGGGGGUGCUGUCCUUCAGCUCGGAGUUCAAGCCGACAUGCGGGGACGACUGCCCGAAGCCAAUCCCCGAGAGGACCGAGGACGAACGGGCCACGCGCGACAAGUUUGUGGGUGUCAUGAGAGCGAUCGGCGUCAUGCAGGACCUUUUCUUAACCAAGACUUGGUAACAGCGUACGGAGUACCUCGCCUAAUUUUUAUUUUGUUUCUUCUUCAUUGGUGGAUUUCCAUCGUGUCUAUGAGCACAGGCUUCUGGGUUUUGAUAUAUUCUGCAUUACCAUGAUGUACUUUUUUGUACUUUGACACUUUUUCUCUGUUUAAUGAGUGGUUGUGUGCAUCGCCUGAUGCAGAGGCAGGGUCCGUUCAUAAAUAUAAAGAUGUUUUAAUUCUUUGAA